UGCAGCAUCGCGGCCGCCGCUGACAGCGCCGCGCUCGCAGCUCGCUUCCCGCAGCUUAGCCACCGCUGCCAGGAUUCUCCCGGGUCCGGCCCCGGCCCCCCUCGUCCGCCUCGGUUUUAGGAUUAACUCGCCUAUGGAGAGAUGGUCUUAGCUGAGUUAUUUAAAAAAUCCAUCUGUCCAAUACAGCAAAGAAAAAGAGAGAAUUUCUGCAGUACGUUUACGGAUACUUAAGAACAGAUUUUUCACCAGUAAUCAGACUGCUUUAUCAAUGGAGCCCCGGAUUCCCCACAACAUCACCAUUGUCCCCAACUCUGUGAUGGUCCAGCCCUUGCUGGACAGUCGGAUCCCCUAUGGGCGGCUACAGCAUCCGCUCACCAUCCUGCCAAUUGACCAAAUGAAGACAACUCACAUAGAGAAUGAUUACACCGACAACCCCACCGCUUCCCAGCUGGCAGACCAGAAGCGUCCCCAAGGCUCCCAUGAACUUGUCUUGACCAACCAGCACCUGCAGCGCUGUGAGCAGGAUGUCACCCACCCCUGGAUUUCAUUUAGUGGGCGCCCCAGCUCCAUCAGCAGCAGCAGCAGCACAUCUUCAGACCAAAGGCUCUUGGACCACAUGGCCCCAGCACCAGUGGCAGAGCAGUCCUCCCCCCAAGCAGUUCGCAUUCAGCCCAAGGUGAUUAACUGCAAACCCCUGGACCUGAAGGGACCUGUGUCUCAGGAACUGGACAAGCACUUUCUACUGUGCGAAGCCUGUGGGAAAUGCAAGUGUAAGGAGUGCGCGCUGCCCCGGACUCUGCCUUCGUGCUGGGUGUGCAACCAAGAGUGCCUGUGCUCAGCACAGAACCUGGUCAACUACUCCACCUGCAUGUGUCUCGUCAAGGGCAUAUUCUACCACUGCACCAACGAGGACGACGAGGGCACAUGUGCUGACCACCCCUGUUCCUGCUCCCACUCAAACUGCUGUGCCCGCUGGUCUUUCAUGAGUGCCCUCUCCCUGGUGUUCCCUUGCUUGCUCUGCUACCUGCCAGCCACUGGCUGCGUCAAGCUGUCCCAGAGAUGCUACGACCAAGUGAGCCGGCCCGGAUGCAGAUGCAAAAACACAAACAGUGUCAUUUGCAAGGCAUUGCCAGAGAGCAAAGGAAGCAGGCCAGAAAAGCCCUUUUGAUAGUUUGGGAGGAUGCUCCACAGAGUGGGGUGGCGUUGGCUCUUUUUAAUAACCUGUGUUCUGAGGAUAAUAUUAGCCUUUGGCCUUUAGAGAAAGCAGAAGCAACUAUUUCCACAAACUGAAGCACUUUGGGAUAUUCAGGGUUUUGGAACUGGUCACAAUUUAAAUAGAUGGGGCCAAAGGAGGAAUCUUAAUAAUGUAGUGUGAAGGCUGAAAACCUAUCUAUAUUAUGAAGUACAGCUGCUUAAAAACUCCUGGUUUGGACGGAUGGCUGCUCGCCAUGCCUGCACGCCACAAGAACCAUUAACUGCUUGCUUGGCAGGCACGGCCGCACAAGCAAUACCUGUUCCCAGCCGAAAAAAGCUGCAUUGGAUUCAUAUUCAGGGUGGGCCUCUUAUUUUCGCUUUCCUCCCAAACUGAUUUGCUACCAGCAGCCUGUUGAGUGAUGGGCUAACUCCCUCUGCCUUCCUUCCCCACCUGCACACCAUUAGAAGGGCCAGUUGCAUGCAAAGUACCUGUUUCUCAAAAGCUUUCUGUGUCCCUCAAAGAUUUUGAACCAGAAGUAAAGACACAGUUCGUAUAUUUAAGGGUCUUUUAACAUCUAGGCAUACUGCUUUCUUUGAACCCACCUGGCCAUGUUGAUUUGGACUGUCUGUUUAAAGCAAGAUGGUAGCAGGGUUGCUCCCUCCCCAGGAAGAAUAGCAGCAGGAUGUGUUCAGGCAGUUGUAUCAACAUUAUGUCUUUCUGUCUGUAAGCUGACCCUUAGCAUCAGGUUUCACUCAAAGGAAUAUUAAUUUUGCAUCAACAGUACAAACCCACUCCAGAAGGAUGUUGGUCGAAUCCCCUUUCCCCAACACGUAUGCUUGCUCGUCCAGCGCUGGGGCAAAGGGAAUCUUAACUCAUGCCAUAAAGUGAAGAUGUUCAGCAUUUGUUUCUCUAAACCUCUUAAGCUCUGUUAAGAAGUCACAAAAAAACUAAGUGUAUGAUACACAUAGGUGUAUUUUUAUAGGGAUAUGAAUCCAGUACCUCCUCUCCUGGAACAAGCUCUUCUUUGCUCAUUGAAUAUUAAGAUUUAAAUUUUUUUUUAUCUUGGGGAUGAAUGGGUUUUGCUUGAAGUCCAGCCUGUUCCCCCAUCUCUAUUGCUGCUGUUUGACUUUUGCCUCCUCUGUAGUAAAAUGUGUCUUUUAAAAUGUCGAGAAUGCUUUUAAUGUUUUAGUGUUAACAAACACUACGGAAAGCCAGGGGAGGGAAAAAAGAAUGUGCCUACGGUUUUCAGUAAGCAAGUAUUAUCAGCUUUGUCUGUGCACUCAUCCUAGGGCAGGUUCUGCAUUCCCUGAAGAUGCAGUAACCCCUUUAUCUUGACAACUGCAAGGUGCUACAUAAAAAAAUUUGUCCAAACAUGCAACACUGUAAUAUGUAGGUAGGUACUUGUUGCAUGCAUAAAACUGAUCUAGUCUUUCUUUCCUUUUUUUUUUUCUUUUUUUUUUUUAAUUAAAGGAAAUUUCCUCAGUAAAUGAACAGCAGUGACAGUGAAAUGUCAUCUCUAAUUAGAUAAGCAAUAGGCAGAGCUCAUGUAGCAUUUCCAGGAAUCCCAACUGCUUGGUACAGUUGCUGCGUAGAGGUUGGCAGGAGCAUACUGGUGGGACUUCUGGUGUCUUCUGUUUUCAGAAUUCAUUUAACCUGGAUGACUUGGGGUUUAGUUAAGCUUAAUUGUAGGUAUCUAUUGAAUGGGAAAUUAAAAAACAAACAAGCCCAACAAACUUUCUAUAUUUAUAACAUUUGCUAGCUUGUAUAUGAUUAGUUAUAGAAAAAGGGUUACUACGUCUGUCACCAGAUACCGGUUCCUGUAGUUUAUCCUUGUGUUGACCGUAUGGAGACACCAGAAAGAAGGAAGCAGGUGGGGAUCCACAGAUGUAUUUAUUAUCUUGCACAAAUUGGAGGGGAAAAGAUAAAAGGAAAACCAGCCCUAAACUAGCUGAACUGUUGGUUGAAUGUAUAAGGUAUUGUAUUUAACAAGAGAAAUUUUUUUCCUAAGAUGCAAACAGGCUAGGAAAUGCAGCAGGAGAGGUAUUAACCUGCUGCCCUCCUCUGUUGUGGGACCAUACAUGUACAAAUGGCCUCCACCUAUGGUUGUUUUCCCUUUUUGACUGGCUGUUUCUGGGGGAUCUGUGCUGAAAAUCUGCAAUAGCAAAGCCCAUGGCUUAGGCGCAUGGUCCUUGCAAGCAAAUAUAACGCUGGAGUGGUCGCCACGGUGCCAAUCUACACUCAUGUACAUGCACCCAAGCAAUCCUGUAUGGAUUUACUUUCAUUGUACAUAGCUGUAAACUAUUUCUCUGUUGGUUUCUUUUAAUAUGUAAGUCCUGCUUUGGUAUAAGGCAAUCCCAUGCUGGAAGAUUGUAAAGCAUUAGUGGAUGUGUUAGAGCAGUGGUAAAUGUAGCAGAGCAACCCUCCCGCUUCAGCCUCCCAGCACAGCGACUGGACUCUGCUCCAUCAGCUCCUGGCCCAAUACAUGGCAAGAAAGCACCAAGCUCUUUGCAGAGUGCUCAGGACGCUUCGGGGUCAGCUGAAGCAGAGCCUCUGUGCUGCACCACAGGGCUGGCAGAGGGUACAUCUCCAGUCAGUAAUGUCUUUAUUCCCCUCUCUUCCCUCAUCCUAAUGCCUCCGUUCCCCCAUCCCCUUGUAAGGUACUUGGGUCUCCUGCCACCCCUGAGAUGUACCAUGGGCAUGGUGCGAUGUAACUUCAGCCACAGCGAGGGCAUGGAGAUGGCAGCUCUGACUGUCUUCCCUGCAGGUUGGGUCCGCCCUUGCAAACUGAGGAACUGUUGCUAAUUAGCACAAACCUUGGGUGUGAUGUUUGCUCUCUGGCCAUGUCAGUGCAGUGGGGUGGGACCACAAAGGAGAGGUGAGGGCAGGUUCCCCAGGACAGAUGGUGUGCCUCCACAGCACGGCUCUGGAGGAGGAUAGCAGGGCUCUUAAGCAUCACCGCCCUGAACUGCUAAUUGCUGUGGCAGGUUCAUUGCUGGGGGUUUGUCAUCUGCCCACACACAGAAGCAAAGGCCCAGAAAGCAAGAAGGGGUGACUUUACGGCACGCUGGCAAUGCCACACUAUGUCCCAAGCUGGAGCUCACCAUCAGCAGAGUGGCUUCAACAGACAAAUAAACCAUCCCCGUGCCCUCUGUCUCAGUGCCUGCUGAGUACAAGGAGUUGCUACUAAAACCGCACUGUUGCUCCCCAAGCACUGGCUUUCCCACCUGGAUGAGCCCUCGCCCUUUCGCAGCACUGCGUAUUCCCCCUCCCACCCUGGACAUGCUGAUAGUUUCCCCCCUUCUCCCGUUACCACCCCACCCCAUAAACACCCUGAAAGGUUACCACAGAAGGUUUUCUUUGUAUAGAAUAUUUAUUUUGAAGCUCUAUUUUAAUAGUAUUUAUUUUAGAAAGUCUACUAUUGUAAGAGUUCUUCUGUUUGUGAAGAAAAACAAGUACUGAUGAAUGUACUGAUCUAGAAAUUAUAUAUAUAUAAAAAAUAUAU